CCCGCAGAGCCCGCGGGGCCUUGCCGAGGGCCGCCGCUCCUGCCCGGCCCUUUGGCCCCUGCCCGGGCGGCACCGCGCCCGGCCCGCUCCCCGCCGCUCACACUGUGCUCUCUCCACGCAGCUCUGCAGGAGAAUUUGGACAAGAAGCUGUUCGGACAGCACUUGGUGAGCAAGGUGGUUGUAAAAGCCGUGAGGGGCUUCUUGAACAAUACCAACGCCAAAAAGCCUCUCGCGCUUUCCUUGCACGGCUGGACUGGAACAGGCAAAAACUUUGUCAGUAAGAUCGUCGCCGAAAGCAUUUAUAAAAGAGGGCUGCAGAGUAAAUAUGUCCAUCAGUUCGUGGCAACUUUACACUUUCCUCACGCUCACAGCAUCAGUCUCUACAAGGACCAGUUGCAGUCGUGGAUUCGGGGAAAUGUGAGCAUCUGUCCCAGGUCACUCUUUAUAUUUGAUGAGAUGGAUAAAAUGCAUGCAGGACUCAUUGACUCAAUCAAGCCCUUCCUGGACUACUAUGAGCUGCUGGAUGGGGUGUCCUACAGACAAGCCAUCUUCAUUUUCCUCAGCAAUGCAGGAGCUGAAAAGAUAACAGAAGUAGCACUAGAUUUCUGGAGAAAUGGGAGGACAAGGGAAGAUAUCCAGCUCACAGAUAUCCAAAAUGCACUCUCUGUGUCUGUCUUCAACAAUAAAAAUAGUGGAUUUUGGCACAGCACCUUGAUUGACAGAAACCUCAUUGACUACUUUAUUCCUUUCCUGCCUCUGGAAUACAGACAUGUGAAAAUGUGUGUCAGGGUUGAGAUUGAGUCACGUGGCUACACUGUGGAUGAAGACAUUGUGAGCAGGAUAGCUGAUGAGAUGACCUACUUCCCCAGAGAGGAGAGAAUCUAUUCAGAUAAAGGAUGUAAAACUGUGGAUGCAAAGCUGGAUUAUUAUUAUGACUUCUAAUGCUUUAUUGCUACAACCUGCAAAGAAGCAAAUUUAACUUAAUUACAAAGUGGGGGACCUGAGACAUUUCAUUUUUAAGUACUUUUUAAAGAAAGGAACACUAUUUUUUAACUGGUGUGUAAAUAAGCAGCAGUGCCUCUGCAUUUUUGUCACCAGUCACGGCUCCAGAGCGCUUCAGUCUUGUGCUGUGAAGGUAAGAAGGAAAUGCUUUGGGAAUUCCUGGAUCUGGCAGGGCUCAAGACUCUUUGAAUCAUGUGUCGAUCAUCAGAACCCUCUGGCAGACUCUUGACAGGUAUAGAAGGACUGAGACUAUGACCUGAUUUUAAUCCAAUUUUGCUCUGAUGUCAAUGAUCUCUAGACAAUAGUGAGAAUUUUAAUCAAAAUUCUUGUGUUUCUGAAAGCCUUCAUUGGUCCUGUGUGGGAAUAUGCAUUAAAAAUAGAGUAUGUGUCUUUGCCUUCAACAGCUUGGGCCCAGUAAAGAUAAGGGGGGAUUCUGGAAUUUAAAGAUUUGGGCUCUUCUAUCCAAUAUCAUACAGUGCCAUUGUUUUUUUCAACAACAAGGUAUAGUUUAGUCUCCUAUGUGUCAAACCAAGAAUAUAAACCUCUUUGUUGUGAAUAGUGUUCAGAGAGCAGACUUACUAUUACAAGGAAGUGAGUUAAAAUCCUUAAAUGCACACUAGUGUACUUAGUUCCUGUUUUAGGUUAGUCUUUAUGUAAAAAGUUGCCCAGAGCAGGCUCUCUUAGGAGAGGAGAACUGUGCUCUGGGAGUGGUGAGUCAGCUUCAUGGAAAGGCUGCAACGUCAUGGGAAAUGUGUACAGAUUAAAUUUUACACCAUGGACAUUGAAAAGAGGUUUCUCUUCUUCACUUACACGUUGAGUUCAGGGGUCAGCUUGCAGGGGUUUCCCUUUUUCAUCUUCUCACCAUACUGUGUGCCUUUGAGGCAGGGAUGGAGGCAGAUUUUAAAAAAAGGCAGAUUUGAAAAAAAAAAAAAGCCCAUAAAAUGUGUCCAUUGAAGUUACUGUGAAAGGUGUCAGACUUGUUUCUGAAUGUGAGCACUGCAGAGGCUUUUUUCAUUCCAGUUGCUGUUCAAAAUAAACUUUGCUCAUCAGAAAUUUCUUUCUUAGCUACCUUCUGGUGUUCUUUGCAUUCAGUGAUUUGCUAUUAAUUUUGCACAAGUUUACUCCAUGUUGAGGAAGAGCACAUUGCAUUCCUGGCUGUUCAAGCUGUGCUUGAGUACAGGUAUGUCCCUUCUGCAGUUCAAAGGGCAGAGAGAUAGGAGAUGUGACUCUUUGCUGUCUGGUAAAACAAAGCAAGCUUGGAGUGGAAACUGCACUUCUGGGCUGUUUAUACUAAUUACUGUUUAUACUAAUUACAGCUAUAUGGUUUUUGUAGAGGCAGACUUCCUCACUGCAUGUGUGCUCAAAAAGGAUGAACUUUUCUUGUAGAGACCAGUUAAACCCCUGCUGCUCAUCCCCUCCUCCCACUGUGGUACCACUGCCUGAACACUGCAGGCUGUUUGAAGCCACCCACGUUUUCAGUGGCAGCAUCUUGAAUUUUUUUUGUAAAGGGGGAGAAAAAAGGGCCAGUGAGGCUCCAAGUGUCCACUGGCUCUGAAGGUGUGUGAUAUGCAAAUUAUCAAUCUGCUAUUUGUCAGCAAAUUAAUGCUUUGAAUUGAGGUAUUUAUGUGUUUCUUUGACUUCCUGGUUAUAGCAAAUAACUGGAUAAUGGGAAAAAGCAGAUGUAAUGAUGAUAAACUUGUACUACUAUGGUCUGGUACCAAGAGAAUCAGUUCAACCAAGCUGUCUUGUGGCUCUUCCAGAACUAUCUUAGUUCUGCUUUGUGUGCCAGUACAGCAUCAAUACAAGCA